AUGCUCGAGAUCCCAGCCUCACGCCCCGCUGGCCGUAAACCAGGAUCGCGAGGACGGUAUCAGGGCGUUGAAAAGGCUUUUCGGAAAAUGCAACAAGAGCUUCGAAAAGCAAAGAUGGGUCCUAACUCCGAUCCAGAGUCCGUUCGGAACGCGAGCCAGCUUAUCAAUGACAACGAAGAGCUUGUUGAGCUUAUGGUGCCCAACAUCGAUGCCAGUGCUCGGCCACCGCCCGCUCCGAUAGGGCUCGAUGUCCAAUCUGGCCUCUCUGAUCGCAGAUCCACAUUAAUGGCUGAUGAAUAUGAAAAUGAAUAUUCUCCGACAAUAAGAUCUCCGUUCGAGGCUGAUAUUUCGCACGCGGAACCUGUUACCAAUCCAUUGGGCGUGGUCGCUGAUGCCUGUCGUGAGACUCUCACCCCAAAUCAGGCGUCAUGUUCUACAACAUCGUCCCUACCGACCAAUGCUAACUUGCUCGUGCUCUCCGAAAUUGGGGAACACGAACCAAAUUACCAGGCUUCUUCCUUGCUGAGUCGUCCGGGGUAUAUCUCUCUGGGUCUGAAACUAGAUCGGACGAUAUUGGAGCAAGCGCUUGACGUUCUCCUCACACGUGAACUUUUGCCUUGUCAUUAUUCAGACUACUUCAAGCCCCCCGGAAUCGCGAGGGAGAGGGACCUCGGGCCACACCUAGAUCCGGUUGAACUGGGUCUUUUAUCCAUUCUGGAAGCAGAACAUCUCUUCGAGGUCUUUUUCACCCGUCUUCAUCCUAUCAAUGGUAUCCUCGAUCCACACCUGCACAGCUUAACAUUUGUACGAAGUCAAUCGGCGUUGCUGCUUACUUGGAUGCUAGCAACUUCUGCAGAGUUUGUACAUGGAGCAGAAUUGCUGGCCAAACGUCUCCGAAAUCAUGGUAAUUUUCUAUCAAGACAUGUCCACUCCAGCGGAUAUCAAUCAGUUGAAAUCGUGCAGGGGUACUACAUCUCCAUGCUAUCUCCCACACCUAGCAGCAAUAUGGCGGACGAGAGGACUUCGCUCUAUACUAACCAUGCCUUCGGGUUGGCCACUGAGCUGAGACUGGACAAAUCAAGAUGCCGGCCGAACUUUGGGUCCCAGAUGGCAUCAUCUUCUCUUGAACAGGAUCCAUUGGGCGAUCCCGUUCUAAUCUCCCAACAAAGACUUAAUAUCAAUGAUACAGGAGCAGCCCAUACCGAGCGUCUUACUCGUAAUCGAGAACGUACCUGGCUACGAAUUCUGCUCUGGGAGCGAGCGCACAGUGCUGCGCGAGGACGAUUAGGUGGAUUCCCGGAGAAUGAAUUGAUUCGCAAUAUUGAGAAGUGGCACUUGCACCCACUUGCAGAUCCAAACGAUAAGUACACAUGUGCCUUCAUCUUACUCCGGCGCCAACUUACUGUAAUGCUCAAUGAAAUCCAAAAACAACAACAGCUUCACCAUCGCAUUCGCCACUGGGUGAAAGACUUAGUCGACAGUACAUUGCAUUACUGGUGCCAAACUUGGAUCUCAAGCCCUGAAGUGCAGUUGUCUCCAUCUGAACUCAUCUCAAACAUGUUCUUGAAGUACGUUCACAUGCAUGCUCGGUUAUGGAUAUUUUCAUUCGCACUUCAUAGUCACAUCCAAAUCUACAAGUCGCCCGAACAUCAUUCUGGGACUAGUUCGAUCAGGGAAGACUGCUUUGAAGCCGCUAUCAACUGUUGUGAGACGGCUAUUCGUGAUCUCACGGCCGUGGGUGAGCCACUAUAUCCAAUGCUCGCCCCAACCUGGGCGAUGAUAUCGUAUGCAGCUGUCUUAUCACUGCGUCUAUUCCCCUUGCUCUAUGGCAAUCGGCCGGGCGCAGAGGUUGAGCUUCUCGCCCUAUUGACACGUUUAGCGCUGCUGCUCGAGAAGGCCGGAACGACACCGGCCCAUCGGUCUGGAAUCGCCGCAUUACUCGGCCAACACCUUUUCAGGAUCCUUCAUGUGCGUGCAGGGGGAAUGAAAAGCAAUAUUGGUAUCAGCACAGCAUGUCAGCCCCCAAGCCAGACAGAAGUCUCCGUCGUCGAGAAUACUGAUCUCGACUUUGUGGCAGAAGUCACGCAACAGAAUGACAAUAUACCUUUUCAUGACAUUUUUGCCGAGUUUGAUACCUAUCUUUCAAUGCCUUUUCUCCCUGGUGAUGAAGGCAGCAUGAACCAAGGCUUCACUGCACCACUGGCAGACUGGAUGAGCCAAGGUUUUGGCAGCAUGCUCUGA